AUGGAAGAUAAAUUAAAGAAUCUAACACUUGAACAAGAUUGUGAUUAUUAUUCAUCAGAUGAUUAUAGCAAUGACGAUGAUUAUAGUGAUGACUAUUACAGUGAUUCAGAUGAUGAAGAUAGAGUAUUGGGUGAAAGAUCAUCGGUAGCAUUAAACAAAACACUUCAACCAAAAGCACACAUGUUUGAACAAAAGUAUCAAGGAAAGAUUAAUAUUGGUGGCGGUGGCGGACGUAUCAUAGAUGAUGAUUCUCAUAGAUCAUUACCAAAUACAGUUUCAAAUGAAAUUAGAGAAAUGAAGAAAAAAGAUGAUAAACAAGGUAUAAGAGUACAAGAUAAAGAAAAUAGAGCAACAAGUGAACAAGUAUUAGAUCCACGUACAAGAUUAAUGUUAUUUAAAAUGAUCAAUAAGGGGGACCUAAGUGAAAUCAAUGGAUGUAUAAGUACAGGAAAAGAGGCAAAUGUGUAUCAUGCAGUUGCUGGAGAUGGAGAAGAGAGAGCCAUUAAAGUUUACAAGACGAGUAUUUUGGUAUUCAAAGAUAGAGAUAGAUAUGUGACUGGAGAAUUCCGGUUCCGUCGUGGUUACAGUAAAUCAAAUCCAAGAAAGAUGGUAAAGUUGUGGGCCGAAAAAGAGUAUCGUAAUUUGAUGCGUCUCAAGUCUGCAGGUAUCCCAUGUCCAACGCCAUUGGCACUUCGUAACCAUAUUUUGGUGAUGAACUUUAUUGGCAAGGAUGGAUAUGCUGCUCCACGUCUCAAAGAUGCUCCACUCACCGUUGACAAGUGUCGUGAACUCUAUGUCGAUGCUAUCAAGAUGAUGCGUAUUCUAUUCCACCAAUGUCGUUUGGUGCAUGCCGAUCUUUCAGAAUACAACAUUCUCUAUUUCAAGGGUGGUCUGUUUAUCAUUGAUGUCAGUCAGUCUGUCGAACACGACCAUCCACACGCCCUCGACUUUUUGCGUAUGGAUUGUGCCAACAUUACCGAUUUCUUUAGAAAGAAUGGUGUGCAGACCAUGUUCCUCCAAGAACUAUUCGACUUUGUCUGCGAUCUCACCAUCAAUGACAACAAUAUCGACGCCUACCUCGAAAAACUUCAAGAACGUAUCGGUCAACGUGGCUCGGAAAUGACCAACGAAGAAACUGUCAAAGAAGAGGUAUUUAGAAAUGCAUACAUUCCUCGUACACUGGAUGAAAUUAUAGAUAUGGACAAGGAAUUGAAAAAGGCUCAAAAAGGUCAAGAUAUUUUUUAUGGUACAGUUUUGGGUCUAAGAGCUAAUCUACGUGAAACUCGUGAUACUCCUGAAAUUUUAGAACAAACUGAUAGUGAAAAUAGUGGUGAUAGUGAUGAAAGUGAAAGUGAUGAGGAAAGUGAAGAUGAUGAAGAUGAAGAAGGAUCAGAAAAAAGAAAAAAGAAAAAUAAGAUACCAAAACAUAUUAAAGCUCAAACAAAGAAAAAAAGAGCUGAAAAGUUUGAUUAA